GGUCGUCUAUUCUCGGCGUCGGCGCGGUUGGCGCGCGGCCUCAGAUAGAUGAUUCUCCCCGUACGUCCCGGAAAAGGCAUGCUUGCAUUGGCAACACGUACGGAUCUACCAUCGAUCAUGCCGACGAGCCGGCGGCUCCUCCAGCAGCGGCUCGCCGCGGCCAUCAUUGUGGCAUCGGUCACCGCGGCGUCGGGCGCCGCGCUUGUGGGGGAUUCGUGCUCGGCGGCGGCGGCGUCCUGCGGCGCCGGGCUGCGGUGCACGACGUGCGUGCCUCCGCCGGGGACGGGGCCCGCCGCCUGCGCCCGGACGACGCCCCUCGACCCCAAGAUGCACGGCGCGGCGCUGCCCUUCAACCGCUACUCGUGGCUGACCACACACAACUCCUUCGCCAUCGUCGGCACCAAGUCGCCCCUGGGGUCCGCCAUCAUCUCGCCGCCCAACCAGGAGGACUCUGUCAGCAGCCAGCUCCGGAACGGCGUGAGGGGCCUCAUGCUCGACGCCUACGACUUCAACAACGACGUCUGGCUCUGCCACUCGUUCGCCGGCAAGUGCAUCGCCUUCACCGCCUACGUGCCCGCGCUCACCGUGCUCAAGGACAUCGAGGCCUUCCUCGCCUCCAACCCCUCCGAGGUCGUCACCGUCUUCAUCGAGGACUACGCCGCGCCGGGAUCCCUCAGCAACGUCUUCAACGCCGCCGGCCUCACCAAGUACUGGUUCCCCGUGGACAGGAUGCCCGCCCCUGGCAAGGACUGGCCGCUGCUCAAGGACAUGAUCGCCGACAACCACCGGCUCAUCGUCUUCACGUCCAAGCAAGGCAAGCAAGGGACCGAAGGACUCGCAUACCAGUGGGACUACGUCGUCGAAAACCAAUAUGGCAGCCAGGGCCUUGUUGACGGCAGGUGCCCCAGCCGGGCCGAGUCGAAGCCCAUGGACUCGACGGCCCAAUCCCUGAUUCUCAUGAACUUCUUCACCACCAACCCCAGCCAGAGCUGGGCCUGCGGGAACAACUCGGCGCCGCUAGUCAGCAGGCUCCGGACCUGCUACGACGCCUCCGCCAAGCGCUGGCCCAACUUCAUCGCCGUGGACUUCUACAUGAGGAGCGGCGGCGGCGGAGCUCCCCUGGCCACCGACGUCGCCAAUGGCCGCCUCCAGUGUGGCUGCGACACCAUAGCACACUGCACCACCACCAAGUCCGGCACAUGCGCCAUGCCAUCGUCAUCAGCUCCUGCUGCUUCUCCUCGGGCGGCAGGGGCAGCCGCACCCUCUCCUGGGCCUGGACCGGCAGCUGCUGCUUCUCCAAGUCCAAGCAUGUCAUCAUCUCCCCGGGCGGCGCCGGCACCUGCAGCAGCUCCAGUACUAGUAGGGGCGGCGCCGAGCUAACCAACAGCUGUUCAUCAGGCUGCAUCAUCCAUCAAAUACGUAAUGAUCUGUAGGAAGCGUAAGCUUUGAAAAUUGAAACCGUUGGAAAUGGAGCACUGCACGGGGUGUGCAAAAUGAACACAAAUUCAUGGAUUCGGUCAGUCAAUUCAAAUGCAUCCAUG